CCAGCAGCCUCCGGCGCAAGCGGCCCUGGGUAAUUAUGGCGACUCUCCGAGCGUCGUUGUCGCCGUGGAGCCUCCUGACAGGUUCUCGGGGUGCGAAACGGGUCUGUUUCCGGGCCCGAGGUCUGCUCAGGCCCGGCGCCCUGCUGCAGCCGCUUCCCGGGCCCUGCGGGGCGAAAGUGCUAUGUUGUCGGUUUAGUUCCGAGGCCGAAUCUGGUAGCUCAGAGAUCAAGAAACCUACAUUUAUGGAUGAAGAAGUCCAAAACAUACUUAUCAAGAUGACAGGCUUGGAUUUGCAGAAGAUUUUUAAGCCAGCUGUACAAGAACUGAAGCCCCCGACCUACAAGCUAAUGACUCAGGCACAGUUGGAAGAGGCUACAAGACAGGCAGUUGAGGCAGCUAAAGCACGGUUAAAAAUGCCACCGGUUUUGGAAGAACGUACACCAAUAAAUGACGUGUUAGCCGAAGAUAAGAUUUUGGAAGGAACAGAAACAGCUAAAUAUGUGUUUACUGACAUAUCAUAUAGCAUACCACAUCGGGAGCGCUUUAUUGUCGUCAGAGAACCAAGUGGCACACUACGCAAAGCCUCUUGGGAAGAACGGGACCGGAUGAUACAAGUUUAUUUCCCAAAAGAAGGUCGGAGAACUUUAACACCAAUAAUCUUCAAGGAAGAAAAUCUUCAAACCAUGUACAGCCUGGACCGGCAUGUUGACGUCCUCAACCUCUGUGUUGCCCAGUUUGAGCCAGAUUCUGCUGAAUAUAUCAAAAUUCAUCAUCAGACCUAUGAAGAUAUAGAUAAACAUGGAAAGUAUGACCUUUUACGUUCAACAAGACAUUUUGGUGGAAUGGCUUGGUAUUUUGUAAAUAAGAAAAGGAUUGAUGGUUUACUGAUUGACCAGAUUCAGAGAGAUUUAGCUGAUGAUGCCACCAGCUUGGUGCAGCUGUAUCACAUCCUCCAUCCAGAUGGCCAGUCCGCUCAAGAGGCCAAGGAGCAGGCUGCUGAGGGAUUACAUUUAAUUAAGGUUUUUGCAAAAACAGAAGCACAAAAGGGAGCAUAUAUAGAAUUAACACUGCAAGCUUAUCAAGAAGCAUCCAUUAGCCAUUCUGCAGCUUCCUGAAAAUAUUUUUCAAAUAAAUUUCAUUUUGCUAAAUA